UCAGAGUGCAAUAUGGGUUCCCGGUUGUCCGUCCCUGAAGGUGGACCCUUAAGGAUUGUGUUGAUCGGUAAGACAGGAGUCGGGAAGAGUGCUGCUGGUAAUACCAUAGUGGGCAAAAAGGCAUUUAUUUCUGAAGUGAGUGCAACUUCUGUGACUGAAUACUGUCAGCAAGAAUGUGCAAAUUUCCGGAGAGAUAUUAGAGUUGUCGAUACCCCCGGGAUCCUGGAUAAUAAAGAUCCUGAAAAUAUUAAGAAAGAGAUUGCCAAAUGCAUCCAUGCGACCUCUCCCGGCCCCCACGCCUUCCUGCUUGUCUUGGCGGUGGGAAGGUUUACAGAAGAAGAAGAAAACUGCGUGCAAGCUCUGGAGAAACUGUUUGGUCCUGACGCAUCUCGACACAUGAUUGUUUUAUUCACUCGGGGAGACGAGCUUAAAGGAGCAACAAUACACGAUUAUGUGACAAAUGGCCAUCCAAAACUUCAAGAACUGGUUAGGAGAUGUGGUAGCCGUUAUCAUGUGUUCAACAAUAAGAAAAUAUGUAAAAGACAUCAGGUGGUGCACCUGAUUAAGAUGAUCGACAAAAUGGUAGCAAGCAACGGGGGCAAACACUAUAGUGAUCAGAUGUUCGAAGAUGCAGAAAAAGAGAUCAAGACCUAUAAUCUUGACAGAAAUGUUUCAGAAGGAAAGCCUCACAACUUCGCGUUCAUGGGGGAACUGUUAACGAGAAUCAUUGAGUUUCAACGCAUGCUCUCUCAAACAUUGUCCCAGGCACCAAGCAAUCUAGGAUCAGGCAAGGCAGUCACAAACCCCCUUGCUCCUACACACAGAAAACUUUCAGUUUAAUGUAGCUGUGUGAGCUGUUUAUAAACAUAUAUCAUGAUAAAAAUAUAGCAUGGUUUAACCCUCAAUCUCUACCAUUUGAAAUGCUAGUUUAGCAUUCCUUUGCAAAUACUCUGGAAUUCCUGUUAUUUCUUUUUUCUCCGCUUAUUAAUUUGUCAAUGUUGAGUAGGGAGGGAGCGCCGUCACGCGAUUGCACUGAUUCAGCUGCAACUCUGUGGUGAAAUGAUAAGCUGCUUCAGUCACAGGCUAAGGACCUUUUGGAGUUUGAAGUAAUGAUGAUCAAUGUUCGCGCAGUUAGCAGAUUUCUUCAAUGAUGCAUGAACAAUUUACACAUGCUUGGAAUAUGUACUGCCUGUUUGUGUAAUGAAAAAAAAAAAAGCAAAAAGCAUUGUAACGUCACAGAAGUAUCUAUAUGUUGAUGAGUGCAGUAACCUUCAUUUAUGAUGAAUAAAAUUUUUAUUUUAACA